AUGCCUGAAGCCGUGAAGCGGGUGCUGGGCGAAGCUACGAACAAUCUCCGCAGUCCAUUGAAUACGCCGGCUGCUAUCAAGAAGCGCAAACUUGAAGCAGAAGCUAUUGUCAAGGUCAAUUCGCCAUCUCAAAAUGGACAACGGAAGGCGUUUGGCUCGAGCCAGCCGCAGAAGAGUCAGUUCGAAGAGGAGGUGCUGGAAAAGUUGACACAGGAUAUCAGCGGAUUGAAGGAUUCGAACUCCGAGAAGGAUCAGCAAUGGGAGCGGCCACCACUUGGGGAGUUUGAUCCCACGAAAGAGAACAUCUGCUUCCAGCAGAUUGAUGCCGAGGAAGGGACAAUCAUGGGUGGCAAGACGGCAAUUCGGUUGUUUGGCGUUACAGAGGUUGGCCAAUCCGUCUUGCUCCACGUUACCGGAUUCCAACACUAUCUCUAUAUCGCUGCCCCUGUGAACUUUACGAAAGAAGACUGCGAACCCUACCGUGCUUUCCUGGAAACCAAAACCGGUCUAUUCCAAAAUGCUAUCCAAUCGGUCCAGAUAACGAUGCGAGAGAACAUUUACGGAUUUCAAGGAAACCAGAAAAGCUAUUACUUGAAGAUUACGGUGACGGAGCCCAGAUACAUCACCAAGGUGCGAAGUGCGCUCGAGAACGGUGGCUCGAGUAUGAACUACAAGGGGUUAUGGAGCAGUUCAGAUUCGGGGAUCCUCACCUUCGAUAAUAUUCAAUAUCUGUUGAGGUUCAUGAUUGAUACAAACAUCGCGGGUAUGGCCUGGGUAGAGGCCAAGGCAGGAAAAUACCAUUUAUUCUCUCCGAACGAAAAGUUAUCAACAUGCCAGAUCGAAGCAAGCGUUGACUAUCGUGAUCUCAUUUCACACCCUCCCAACGACGAGUGGGCUAAAAUGGCACCUCUUCGCGUAUUGUCGUUCGAUAUCGAAUGUGCUGGACGAAAAGGCAUUUUCCCCGAACCCAACCAAGACCCAGUGAUCCAAAUAGCCAACGUCGUCACUCGAUAUGGUGAAUCGAAGCCUUUCGUUCGAAACGUAUUUGUACUGGAUACGUGCAGCUUAAUUGUUAACACCCAAGUUCUGGAGUUCGACAAGGAGGAAAAAAUGCUCAUGGCAUGGCGUGAUUUCGUGGACAAAGUUGACCCUGAUGUGAUCAUCGGAUAUAACAUUGCCAACUUCGAUUUCCCUUAUCUCUUAGACAGAGCGAAACAUCUCAAAUGUGCAGGAUUUCCGUACUGGACUAGAUUAAGGGGUAUUCAGUCGCAGGCCAAGGAAACCAACUUCUCCAGCAAACAGAUGGGCAACCGCGACACAAAGUCAACGAACACGAACGGCAGAAUCCAACUUGAUCUCCUUCAAUUAGUUCAGCGUGACUACCAUCUUCGAAGCUAUACGUUGAAUUCGGUCUCCUACGAGUUCUUGGGCGAACAGAAAGAAGAUGUUCACCAUACGAUGAUCACUGAGUUAUUCAACGGGACACCCGACUCAAGACGCCGUCUAGCCGUUUACUGUUUGAAAGAUGCAUACCUUCCGCAGCGGUUGAUGGACAAAUUAAUGUGCCUGGUCAAUUAUACCGAGAUGGCAAGAGUUACUGGUGUACCUUUCAAUUUCUUACUUUCGCGAGGUCAACAAGUCAAGUUCAUUAGUCAACUGUUCCGGAAAGCGUUAGAGCAACAGCUUGUUAUACCCAACGCAAAAUCGACUGAUGAGCAAGACUACGAAGGUGCCACUGUCAUUGAACCGGUUCGAGGCUACUACGGCGUACCAAUUGCGACACUGGAUUUUGCAUCACUAUACCCGUCGAUUAUCCAGGCACACAAUCUAUGUUACACGACAUUGCUGAACAAGACAAGCGUUGAGAAGCUUGGUUUGAAGAAAGAUGAAGACUACAUCGUCACUCCAAACGGCGAUAUGUUCUGUACCAUAAAAGUUCGCAAGGGUCUUCUUUCGCAAAUUUUGGAAGAACUGCUCACUGCAAGAAAACGUGCAAAGAAGGAACUUGGAGUAGAAACUGACCCAUUCAAGCAGGCUGUGUUGAACGGACGACAGCUUGCCUUGAAGGUCAGCGCAAACAGUGUUUACGGUCUUACCGGCGCGACGGUUGGGAAACUGCCGUGUCUGCCCAUCGCCAGUAGCACGACCAGUUAUGGUCGUCAAAUGAUUGAGAAGACGAAGCAAGAGGUGGAGGCCAAGUACACUAUUGCCAACGGAUAUUCCCAUGAUGCCAAGGUAAUCUAUGGUGAUACCGACUCAGUCAUGGUGAAGUUUGGCGUGGCUGAACUUGAGGAUGCCAUGAAGCUUGGGCAAGAGGCAUCCGAAUAUGUCUCGUCCAAGUUCAUCAAGCCCAUCAAACUAGAAUUCGAAAAGGUCUAUUUCCCGUAUCUUCUUAUCAACAAAAAGAGAUAUGCGGGUCUCUACUGGACGAAUCCGAAGAAGUUCGACAAGAUGGACACUAAGGGUAUCGAGACUGUCCGUAGAGAUAACUGCCUGCUGGUCCAGAACGUAAUUGAAACGGUGCUGAACAAGAUAUUGAUCGACCGGAACCUCGAUGCUGCUCAAGAAUACGUCAAGGAUACCAUUUCGGAUCUUCUACAGAACAAGGUCGAUAUGUCGAAACUUGUGAUUACGAAAGCGCUUUCGAAAUCCGACUACACGGCCAAGCAAGCACACGUUGAACUUGCGGAGCGAAUGCGGAAACGUGAUGCAGGUUCAGCACCCACUCUAGGUGACCGUGUCGCAUAUGUCAUCGUGAAAGGUGCCGGAGGUUCAAAGAACUACGAGAAGUCGGAAGACCCUAUUUUCGUCCUUGAAAACAAUAUUCCCAUCGAUACGAAAUACUACCUCGAUAACCAACUCGCGAACCCUCUUGGUCGUAUUUUCGAACCCAUCCUCGGAGAGAAGAAAGCCAACCAGCUGCUUACCGGAGAGCACACGCGUUCAAUUUCCGUUGCUGCACCAACCCUUGGUGGUCUUAUGAAGUUCGCGAAGAAAACCCAAACCUGCAUGGGCUGCAAGAAACCUCUUUCCGGGAAGGAAGAGAUGGCCGGGGCUGUCUGCGAACACUGCCGCCCUCGUCUUGGUGAAUUGUAUACCAAGACGCUGACCAAGACGUCUGACCUAGAGGUCCGUUUCGGUCGACUGUGGACACAGUGUCAACGCUGCCAAGGCAGUCUACAUUGCGAGGUCAUUUGCUCUUCCCGAGAUUGUCCAAUUUUCUACAUGCGAAUGAAGGCGAAGAAGGAUGUGGAGGAUUCGCAAAAGGAGCUGUCACGAUUCGAUUUUGAUCCUGGUGCUUGGUGA